CGGACAUCUGGAGCAGCCCAUCCUGAGAACCGAACCCCCCGCACCUAACACCGACACCCCGCACCGAGCCAGCCCGGGAGGCUCUCCCGGUUUCAAACGCAGCCCGGAUCCGGUGCUGUCCCGGUCUCUGAGGGCUGAGACUCCAUGAGGCUGCUGCUCCGGAGAAGCCGUUUCUGCCGGUAAAAACACGGACACCAAGCCUGGGAUCCGGGAGGAGGAUGGACUGAUCGGAUCCGACACCUGACCAGUACCGAGGCCCGGUGGAAGCUGCGCCACAUCAGGACUCGGAGCGUCUGGAUCCUGGUUCCGGCUUCAGUCUGGAUUAAAGAGCCGCGGUUUGGCUGUCUUUGAUGUUUUUCUCGCAGACAUCUUACCCGGUCCCGGUUCGGAGUUUGAGGGCGCAGGCGCCCCCACCCCACGGUGGUCUGGAUCAAAGCCCAUCAGGAUCAGGAAUCAUCUCGGAUGCUCUAAUCUGGGCUUCAUCUAAGCUUCAGGUCUGAUCUGGAUUACUGCGAUUCUGGUCCCGAUCGGGUCCCAUCAGACUCGAUCUGAUCCUGUCCCGGUUCCGGUGUGCGCUUGGACCUAGACACCUUGGCGCUGGAUUUGGGGAAUUCCGGUGAGACCAUGCCGACGUCCCGGCCUGGUUCGGAACCGGAGGAGUUCUGGGUGGACGGGUCUAGACGGGACGGGACGGUGGAGGAUCUCUACAACAUUGGCUCGGAGCUGGGCAGAGGAGCGACGUCCAUUGUUUACCGCUGUGAGGAGAAACAGACCCAGAAACCCUACGCCGUCAAAGUGCUGAAGAAAACAAUUGAUAAGAAAAUCGUUCGGACUGAAAUCGGCGUUCUGCUGCGUCUGUCCCAUCCCAACAUCAUCCAGCUGAAGGAGAUCUUUGAGACGGACACCGACAUCACUCUGGUGCUGGAGCUAGUGACUGGAGGAGAGCUGUUUGACCGGAUCGUGGAGCGAGGUUACUACAGCGAGAGAGACGCUGCUCAUGUCAUCAAACAGAUCCUGGAGGCCGUGGCGUACUUACACAAGAACGGGGUCGUUCAUCGUGACCUGAAGCCGGAGAACCUGCUGUACGCCGACCUGUCGCUGGACGCUUCGCUGAAAAUAGCUGACUUUGGUCUUUCCAAAAUCAUCGAUGACCAGGUGACCAUGAAGACCAUCUGUGGCACGCCUGGGUACUGUGCUCCAGAGAUCCUGCGGGGAAACGCCUACGGUCCCGAGGUGGACAUGUGGUCGGUCGGCGUGAUCCUGUACAUCCUGCUCUGUGGGUUCGAGCCUUUCUUUGACCCCAGAGGGGACCAGUACAUGUACAGCCGCAUCCUCAACUGCGACUACGAGUUUGUGUCUCCGUGGUGGGACGAGGUCUCCCUUAAUGCCAAGGAUUUGGUUGGUAAGCUGAUUGUUCUAGACCCAAACAAGCGUCUCAGCGUCCAGGAGGCCCUGCAGCACCCCUGGGUGCUGGGUAAGGCUGCUCGCUUCUCCCACAUGGAUACCACCCAGAGGAAAUUGCAGGAAUUCAACGCACGACGCAAACUUAAGGCUGCCAUGAAGGCCGUGGUGGCCACCAGUCGGAUGCACGAGGGCUCACGGCGUCGCACCGACAGCUGUGAAAUUCAAGCUUCGGGGACUUCCAGGCAAAGCAGCAUGCAGCAAGACCCGCCCCCUGAGUCCACAAGUCCUGCCCCCGAGGAAACAGAGACUACGACCUCAGAUCAGGAGGUGCCACAGAAUGUUGAAAAUAAGCUUGCUGACCAAAGUGCCCAGAGUCCCUCCCCUCCACGCAGCCCUAUCACCUUUGAAGCCCCGUCCACAGGCUCCGCCCUCGUCAGACCCCCGCUGCGUGCCGAUGGGCUACGGCAAGCCUCAGUCAUCCCCAAAUCAAUGUUGAUCCAACCUCGGCUGCCGCAAAAGAGCUGUUCUGUUAUAGAGCCCCUCCCCAGAGCUGCAGCCGCGCCCCCUUUAGGGUCACCUCCCAGUCCAAACAGCCUCAGCAAUGGCUUCACACCGGGGGCGGAGUCAACCAGUAAAACUGCCCAGUGCCAGUGACCACCUGACAGAGCCACUUCAAAAUCACGACACAAAUCAACAAUUCAUCUUCCAUCAAAUACUCACAAACAUCUCCGCCAACUUCCUGGGACCAGAUUACACCGGAGUCCAACGUGUGUGUAACACCGGCCCUGAGCAGCAACCCGGGUUGGGCUGCAGAUCUCUCACCGAGGGCUGGUUGGUAGGGUUUAAAGACACUAAAGAACUCAUUUUAAUCAAUAUCUAAUAAGAGCAUAAAGAGAUAUUUCAUGUUAAGAGAGUUUCUUCGAACUCGUGCAAAGCUACUUUAGUGGAGACUCAGAGUGAACGUAGAGCUGGAAAUGAGCAGAGAAGUGAAGUUUAGGAACUUUUCAACCUAAAACUUUUUAUUUUCUGCUGCUGCCAUCCAGGAAACGAUGUAAACAGAUGAUAAAGGUUUUAUUUUAAUGUAAAAAAUGACUAUAAAUACAAAAAACACAAUCUAAUGUAAACUCAGACAGGCUUUCCAGGGAAUUCUCCUCUUGUCUGAGAGUUGUGUCCACUUCACAAACGCUUCCAGAUGCUUUCUGAUUGUAAUCGUUUGGCUGAAAGUUUUCCUGGCGUCAGUCACAAAGACCUUUUGAAAGAUGAGACCAGCCAAGCGCUUGGUUUUGGCUCUGAGCUGGACCCAAACCCUAACCCUGCUGGACAUUUCGUCUGACAACAGGCCACAUGGAAGCAGCUCGACACGGAGUUUAUUGCCACUCUCAAUGCAUUUUGUUUUAUCUCACAUUCUUAUGGACGUGCUCAACCACGCUUACAGAGAGGGUUCACCACCUCCUGGGUAGUAUAUGUGCUCUAAUUCAUGACCUGGCUUCAGUCAGGCCAGGUUUCCCAUGAGAACAUGUGCAACAAGGACAGACUAAAGCAAAGAUGUGAUUAGAAUAAUCAAUAAUCUCAUCUACUAUGUGGACGACAUCUACUAUAAAGUAGUAGUUUCAAAACACAAACACAAUUAUAAAAGGUGCAACAUGUUAGAAUGACCUCCUGUGGUCAAACGUGGGUACUGCAGCCCUUUUUCCAAACUAAACAAGCCACUUUCUCAUUCCGUGAGUUUCCUGGCCGUUUCCUGUUACGGAUCAGAAUCAGAGCAGAUCAACAAAACCAAGCUGAGACGCGUUGUAAAUGUGAAGUGUCACCUCUGGAAAGGCCCUGGAACCAAAUUCAUGCUUUUAUUCACAAAACUGAAGGAACAUCAAAUAAAUUCCCGGAAUAAAGUAAAAUAAAAGGCUCUAGAAAGAAUUUAUAUCUCAACCAAAAAAACGAUUGAUUACAGUUUUAGUUUUAUUCCAGUAGAGUCACGAGUCCUGGAUCCGGGGGCGUGUCCAGGGAGUGGCCUGGGGUAGCACAUGCCACCCUUGGAAUCUGAUUGGCCACCCCAGGUGUCACCACACUAAUUUACCUUCAAAAAGGCUUUUCACUGUCCACAAAAGGCUUGGAGGUGAAACAAAAAAGCAUAACCAUUGGUGCCACCCACGCACAAAGUUGUGCCUCACCUGGGCCACCCCAGUUUAAAAGAUCUGGACACGCCACUGCUUGGAUCUCCACUCUUCCCUGUUUGUGUAUUUCUGAGUGCCAAACUAAACACACAGACAUGACAUUGAUGAAUCAUUUGUCAGAAUGUUGGACUUUUUCUUAAAGACUUGAUCCGGGGACAAACAGAUGUGCUUUCUCUUCCUCCAUUUGGACGUGGACUCUUCCUCCAAAGCUCAGGACGGAGCGGAUAGCAUCUGGUGGCCGGUGCUCAUCUGCACGAAGGACGAGGAGACAAACGUCCUCUCCACAUUUUCUGCACCUACCUUUUCUUUUGGAGCAUGCACAUUCAGACGCUGCUGUUGCUGCGACCGAGGAGGGGAGAGGCGGGAGGAGAUUUCUGAUUUUUCUAACAUUUCUACUCUUUACUGACGACUUGAUUCUGCAGCUCUGACAGUAGAUCGUGUAGCUCCAGCUUGUAGCGUUCCGGUGAGUGAUGUGUUUGUGAGCUUUGUAAAACAUUGUGUUCUUUACACUUUUAUCAGCAGUGGCGAUGCUCCCGUUUGCGCUGUACAUACUGUAGUUUGCUUUUAGGGCAGUUGUGGCUGACAUCUUGAUGCUCAGCUCAAACACACAUUUAAACCCCCCAACGCUAAAGUUCACCCCCAGAAUCCUUCUCACCGGAUCUGAAGCCACACGCGCUACCUCUCUCUGUACAGGGGCUUCCAAAAUAAAACAGACUGAUGCAGAACUCUCGUGAGAGAAAAAAAGAACGCAAACCAAACAGAAUUCUCUGAAACCACAUGCUGCUGGGUGUCGUACGGUGGCUGGGAUGGUCCAAACAGGUCCAGAUUGUUAGGUUUACGUAAUCCGGUUCAGAGAAAAGUGAAUAAUCUGUGCAGCUCAGCCAGCAGGUGGAAGGAGGGGCUGAGGAUCUGGUCCAGUGGGGCUGUGUUCUGGAAGGUUCUGGAGAAAACAAAAUGUCCCAGAGGUUUAUACGUAAGAAGAUCAGACAUGAUCUCUAAAAUGGUGUUUCCUACUUUAGCUGCUGUAGUGUAAAAAAAAGAGAGAGCUGAUGGUCUCCCAGAAUGCUUUGCUGCUUCAUCUCAUUAAGAUAAGUUUAAGGGUCAGAAUGAUUGUUCUGCUGUAGAAACACGUUUACAAUCUGUGGAGCUCCCCUUGUUUUUAUUUGAAUAUAAUGAAACAUUUUUGUUUAAAUUUAAAACAACGAAGCCGUCCUUAACUUGGUCAGAUUUCCUCCUGCCACCUAAAACUCACCCUUUAGGACAACUCUGAUUUUUAGGGAUGCAACGAUACCCUUUUUAUUUUCAAACCAAUACGAUACCAAUACUCAGAUCUGAGUACUUGCCGAUACCGAUUACCGAUACCGAUACUUCUACCACACCAAAAAAAUGCAAUGAUUUGGUAUACAUAUUUUAUUUUCUUCUCUGCUUUCAACAGGAAAAGACUGUGAGGUAGAUAAAAAGUAAAAUAUAUGAUUAGAAAUCAUCACAAAACUAAAAUAUUAGGUGAACAGAAAUGACAAGUUGCAGUGGAGCCAUUUUUAAGCAACUGCAUUGGUAUCGGUUCCUGGUAUCGGUUACUUUGACCCAUACCGAUACUGGUAUCAGUAUCGGUGCAUCCCUACUGAUUUUCUCAGUACAACACACACGGCUCACCUUCUGGGUGUGCUAGCACGAAGACACGUUUGUCUUUUCUCUCUCAGACACCGAACAAAAUUAUUAGUCAGAAAAAAAAGCUCUUUUAUUUUAACAGAGGAGCCACACUUCAGAGCCUGCGUAAGCUUUUUUAUUUUAAAGAGACGAUAAAUAAAAAUAAUGAAGUCUGUGCCCUAAACCUCACACUCACUCUAAAGGAUAAGGGAGCAAAAACAUGGAAGCACAUUUUAAAGCUGAACCUCCUGGUCCAACACCAACAGUAAUCUCCGUGUGAGAUGAUGUUUUUGCAGAUUUUUAAUCCCCACAUUUGAAGCUGCUUUAGCGAACCUACAGAACAAGCUAGGUUUUCAAUGCAAACACGGUCACAGAAAAUUCGCACCUUCCCUCGGGAAUCUUCCCUGGAUGUUCACUAGAAGCGGAAACCCAUAUUAUUAUGGGAAACGAGAUAGCGCUAAACACCAGUCAUCAUUUUCCUGGUCAAAACCGGGGGGAGGGGGGACUCUGGUAGCUUGUCCUAAAGCUGAAGUGGUAGCAGCCGGCUGUUUCUCCACUGGUAGUAGUGAGCGGAGAACCUCUCACACCAGUGGUGUUCUGGUGAAUACAUGAGUGUGUGAUGAGUGGAGGACCCAGGGAAGGGUGGCAGUUCGGUGAGACCAACAGCCGGAUGGUCCAAUGGUUGGUUUUGGUCCAAGCCGUGUUAUUGGUGGAGGUUUUUAGACAAAUGCGAGUAAACCACUUUAUUAAUGUUUUGUUAUCAAAAUGCAUGAAAAAACUGUUUUAAGCUAAUUCGUUUUCCAAACUUCCUUCAGCAGGUUUAAAGGUCUCGUUCAUUGAGAAACACUGAAACACUGGACCAGCUCUAUACCCUUAGGGUGCGUUGCCCAACCAGUCUACAUGUGUUUCGUGGAUUUUGAGAAGGCGUUUGACCGCGUCCCUCGGGGGGCCCUGUGGGGGGUACUCCGGGAGUAUGGGGUACCGGGCCCUCUGAUACGGGCUGUUAGGUCCCUGUAUGACCGGUGUCAGAGCUUGGUCCGCAUUGCCGGCAGUUAGUCGGGCUCGUUCCCAGUGAGAGUUAGACUCCGCCAAGGCUGCCCUUUGUCACCGAUUCUGUUCAUAACCUUUAUGGACAGGAUUUCUAGGCGCAGCCAAGGUGUGGAGGGCAUCCGUUUUGGUGGCCUGAGGAUCAGGUCUCUGCUUUUUGCAGAUGAUGUGGUCCUGUUGGCUUCAUCAGAACGUGAUCUUCAGCUUUCGCUGGAGCGGUUCGCAGCCGAGUGUGAAGCAGCUGGGAUGAGAAUCAGCUCCUCUAAAUCUGAGACCAUGGUCUUGGGUCAGAAAAGGGUGGAAUGCCUUCUCCAGGUCAGGGAUGAGGUCCUGCCCCAAGUGGAGGAGUUUAUGUCGGAGUCUUGUUCACGAGUGAGGGAAAGAUGGAGCGUGAGAUCGAUAGGCGGAUUGGUGCUGCAUCUGCAGGUGAAGCUCUCGAUUUGCCGGUUGAUCUACGUUCCUACCCUCACCUAUGGUCACGAGCUUUGGGUAGUGACCGAAAGAACGAGAUCACGGAUUCCAAGUCAGGAUGCCUCCUGGACGCUUCCCUGGUGAGGUUUUCCAGGCAAGACCUAAAGGGGAGACCCAGGACACGCUGGAGAGGGAAGUCUGGGCCUCCCUGCUUAGACUGCUGCCUCUGCGACCCGAGCCCGGAUGAGCAGCAGAAAAUGAAUGGAUGGGUUCACGGAGAAACCGUGCAAGAGAAACAUGCAUGCCACACCUGAAAAUGUUCACCCCCAUCGUCUGAAUCAGCUGCAGGAAGGAAACAGCUGGGUAACAACUGGGUCAGAAAAGUAGUUUAUAUUUUAGUCUGAGUCCUGCUUAUUUAUUACGGGGAAUGUAAAAUCUUUAAAAUGUUGGCUCCUCCCACAUCCUGAUAGGUUGGGCCAUUUCGUCGCAGAUGGAGCCUUCAACAGAGUUUCAAAGGAAACGUCUGAUUUUUGGUUUGGUUCCUUUGUAAAUCAGCUGCUGAAAACACAGAACUUAUGUUGGGCUGACGGGCCUCACCUGCAUGUACCUGAACACAGGUGUGUGUGUGUGUGUUUUCUCCAAACAGAACACACCGGACCACCUUCUGUCAUGAUGAAAGCAUGCAACUGCACAUUAGACAAAGACUCUUCUGUAAAAACAUGAAUAUUUUGCUUCUACUUAUCUCGGCCCGACUGUAGGUGCUGAGGUGGGCGGGGCCAAACUGUAACAGCUGUUUGUUUUGUGUUUGAAGAGUAAACUUGUACUUUUUAAAAUCUGAUAAAAACAUAGGUAUAACGUGGCAUUUAUGCGUGUAUCUCUGCAUGUAUUAUUUAACUUCUUUUGAUCAUGUCAGAAUGAGGAAAGGAGUCCAGGGUUUUACCAGAAUCUGCUAAAGCAGCUAAUCUGAUCUGGGUUCAGUUGGCUGGUAGGACAUUUGGCAUCAACUGUACGAUAAAGCUUGGCUGAUAAAAAUC